GAGUGUGGUCGAUCAAACACGCAAAUUAGGGUUUCGUCUAGUACAUUGCCGUUGCUCACUGUUCAGGAUCCCGAAUCGUUUCCUCUGUUCGUGCGUCUCAUUGUUUGAUUAUGGAUUGAUUAUGAAAUGUCGUUUUGUUAGGGUUUUGAUUUGUAUUGUUUUUUGAUUUUCUGUUUUUUGAAUUUUCUGAGAUUAUUUGUAUUUUUUAAAUUAAGAAAAAAAUAAGAAAAAAUGGAGUUGAGUGGUGACUAUCUUAAAUUUAUUCACCGGGUGGAUCUUAAUUUAAGCAUCUAUUAGUGAAGCUCUACGCUUAAUGUGGUGGUCCUUGUAUCUUUGUGUUCACUGUGGGCUCCUCUUUUUUUGUUUGUGUUUAAUAGGAGAAACACCUGCUUCAUUUGAAUAAUGGAGAAGAAGUCAGAUGGCCUACCAUUUAAGUGGGGCAAAAGGAGAGGACCUUGUGUAGAAAACGAGGAUGUUCAGUACUAUGAAUCUUUCACCUACGGCGGUUGUGAGUACCGUCUUUAUGACUGUGUCUCAGUUGGAGAUGAUGGUAGACUAGACUCCCCCCGUGUGUUCUUUGUUGGCAAGAUCAUUAAAAUGUGGGAGUAUACUGAUCAGCGUCAAGACCCGAGGAGAGUUGAGUUGCUCUGGUUCUUCAAACCCUCUGAGCUUUCCGUGUACCUUGAAGGAGUUGGAGAUGUGCUUGCUAACGAGCUCUUCUUGGCUUCUGGAUCUGGUGUUGGCCUCACCAAUGAAAACCUACUGGAAGCAAUUUCUGGAAAAUGUCGUGUUCUAUGCAUCUCCAAGGACGUGAGAAAUCCACAACCCUCUGAGGAAGAACUCAAGUCGGCCGACUUCCUUUUUCACCGGACAUAUGAUGUGGGAACUUCCAAAAUCUUAGACAAGAUAGAUGAUGAAAUCGCUGGAGUUGAUGUUAAAUUCAUCUUCAACAGAACCAGUUCUGAGAGAAAAGCUAGUGCUCUGCAGAAAGUGGCAACCGACAUACAAGGGACUGUAGAUAGUUUGAAACCAAAUCAUCCAUCAACUAGCGGUUCAGUUAUGCAGAAUGCACGCAAUGCCAGUGAUCUCUCUGGUCAUAAACAAUUGGCUAGGAAACAAUCUACACUUGCAGAAGAAAGGUCUAACAAGGAUUCUGGUCGGCUUGAUGGUGAACUUGACAGUUUUAGCGCUUCGGGUUCUAGGAGAAAUGAUUGCCACGUCAGGAAAGACCAAGACGAUGAGGUUCGAAAGCAAUUGGCUAAACAAAAACCAAGGCUUGCUGAUGAAAGAUGCAGUAAAGAUUCUCACUGUUUGGAUGACAUGCUUCAAAAGAAACGGAGACUAGAUGGUUCUCCGCAGAAAAUAAGAAGAAAUGAUGGUAGAAAAGAUACAGAACCUAUUAGAAGAGAUGCGACGGUAGGAAAAUCAAGGCUUGCAGAGGAAAUACGCAGUAAUGAUUUUUACGGUUUGGAUGUCAUGCCUCUAAAGAAACCGAGGCUAGAUGGUUCUGUUGCAGUAUCAGAUGGAAGGAGAAGAGAGUCGCAGAAUAUAAGUCAUGAUGUUAAAAAAGACGUACAAGGUAUGAGAAAAGAUGUGAUGGUAGAAAAAUCAAGGCUUGCAGGGGAAAGAUGCAGCAAAGAUUAUUACAUGCCUCAGAAGAAACUGGAGGUGAAUGGCUCUGCUGUAGUAUCAGAUGGAAGGUCAAAAAUGUCACAGAAAUUAAGUCAUGAUGGAAGAAAAGAUCCUAGAGACAACGUCACCAGAGGGGAAGUAUAUUCCAAGAAGCCUAGCUUCACUGACAAGAACCAAGAUCUGCGGAUACCAAGAUGUUCUGAAGGAAAAGAGACCAGACAUGUGAGAUUUGCUGAAGGAACAGAAACCAGACAUGUGAGGUUUUCUGAAGGACAAGAGACCAGACAUGUAAGAUCUUCUGAAGGAAAAGAGACAAGGCCUGCAACUGAGAAAGGUCUUAUCAAGAAAUCCAGCCCUGAUUGUAAAAUAUCAAAACAUAGUGAGGAGAAGAGUUUGACCAACGCCGAUUACAGAAGACAUUAUCGAGUCUCCGAAGUGACUCAAAAGCCUAAUGUUGAAGGAAUCAAUUGGUUCCGAAAACUUAGUUGGGAAGAAGAUUUGAGGGAUGCAGAAGGGAAAGGGACUCUGGUUGUUCUCAGAAACUUGGAUCCUUCUUAUACAUCUAGUGAGAAUAUAAUCUACUCUGCUUUGAAUGUGCAAUGUACGGCCAGGAUGAUUGAGCGGACGUCAGCUACUAUUCCUCAUAUCGGUGAAGCUUUGGUGAUAUUCGAGACAAUGGAUGCUGCAAAAAGGGUAAUAAGAAGACUACAUGAGGGAUGCUUGUUGCUACCAAAUGGAAGGGUACUUGUUGCUACUAGUGCUAAGGUGAAUCCUCCAGCUAUGCCUUCAUUGCCGUUUCCUGGCCAUAUCAAUAUUCAGCGUCGAGGGAAGAGAAGCACUGCGGUUACAUCGCAUUGUUGUCAGGGUAACAACAUUGAAUUUGAAAUGGGCAUGGAAUGGUGGCUGCACUUGAGCACAUACAAGCAGAUUUGGAGAUGGAUAUAUGAGCGACAAAUUGAGGAGAAGAAGAAGUUGCAGUUGGGUGUCCAGCCGAAACACACUUAGUUUCAGCAUCAUCUUGUUGUGUUCUAGUGUAAGUAAAUAAAAGCCCCUGGAGAGGCUAUGUCUAACAUCUAAUGAGUGUGAAGAGUUUUAUCUUCUUCUGUUGAAGCACCUGAGAAGGAGAACACAGAGAAGAGAACAAUCACAUGAAGCUGCCGUGUUCAUCCAACCCCAACUAACUUUCAACAGUAAAACUCAUUUCAGGAAAUCAAAUCUUGUUUCUUGUCAUUAGUAUUUUUUUGUUGUUGGUAAAGCUGGAUUCUAAUUGUAAACCAAACUCUUGAAGCUC